AUGGCUUCCGAAACCGAGACCAAGGCCGCGCGCCCCCGCGUCUUCUUCGACAUCACUCUUGGAGGCAAGCCUCUUGGCCGAAUCAACAUGGAGCUGUACUCUGAUCUCGUGCCCAAGACGGCUGAGAACUUCCGUGCUCUCUGCACUGGCGAGAAGGGCGUGGGCAAGUCAGGAAAGCCCCUGCAUUACAAGGGCUCCGUCUUCCAUCGAGUAAUCAAGCAGUUCAUGAUUCAGGGUGGUGAUUUCACAGCUGGAGACGGCACUGGCGGCGAAUCCAUCUACGGCACCAAGUUCGAGGACGAGGCUUUCCCCAAGAAGCAUGAAAAGCCCUUCCUGCUAUCCAUGGCCAACGCCGGCCCUAACACCAACGGCUCUCAAUUCUUCAUCACUACUGUCCCCACGCCUCAUCUCGAUGGCAAGCACGUAGUCUUUGGAGAAGUCCUCAACGGCAAGUCCAUCGUCCGCCAAAUCGAAAACGUCCGCACCGAGGCUGGCGACCGGCCCUCUCGCGACGCCGUCAUCGCCGACUGUGGCGAGCUCUCCGGAGACGAAGCCCUGAGCGCCGACGUCAAGCAGCCCGAUGCUCUGGGCGAUCCCCACGAAGACUUCCCCGAGGACUGCGCCACGCCCCCCGAUGCCAAGACUACCCACAAGAUUGCCUCAGACUGCAAGGACUAUGGCAACAAGGCGUUCAAGGCCGGCAACAUUACCCUCGGCCUCGAAAAGUACGAAAAGGGCCUGCGGUACCUUAAUGAGGAGCCCGACCUGGAUGACUGGCCCGAAGGCAAGGCCCAGCUCGACGCCCUCCGCUUCUCCCUCAACAACAACGCUGCCCUCUUGCACCUCAAGCUAGAGGCCUGGGCAGAGGCCGUCCGCAGCGCCACCUCUGCCCUCGCCAUUGCCGGCGUCAGCCCCGCCGACCGGGCAAAGGCCUUUUACCGCCGUGGCUUCGCCAACGUCCGUCAGAAGGACGAGGAGGAGGCCCUCAAGGAUCUCGAGGAGGCACACAAGCUGGCACCCAACGACUCCGCAGUCAACGUCGAGCUCAACGCCGUGCGAACCAAGGCCGCUGCCAAGGCGGCAAAGGAGAAGGCCGCGUACAAGAAGUUCUUUCAGUAA